CAAAAAUUACAACCUAAAGUUUCCGUCUUCCUCUCUACCUCCGAAAUAACAGUUCACACACUUCACAGCAUUUCUCUUUUUGAUUCACUCAAAGCCCUAAAAAGCUUCACGCAGGGUUUAAAGGAAAAGUGCUUCAACGCCCUUUUUGUUGUUCUUCCCUCUCUCUCUAUCUUCUCAAACUUGCAGCCUGCAGACUUCACAUCCUCAGAAACCGGGCUCUGAUUGAAGAUGAACUCACUCGCAAUCCGAGUCUCCAAGCUUAUCAGAUCCUCUCCAGUAUCUCCUCUAGCAGUAACUGCUGAGAGAGGCUCGAGAUCGUGGUUCUCGACUGGUCCAAUCGAUGAAGGUGUGGAAGAAGAUUUUGAAGAAACCAUCUCAUCAGAGAGACCCGAGCUUCAGCCUCAUGGAGUUGAUCCCCGUAAAGGUUGGGGAUUUCGCGGUGUCCAUAGGGCGAUAAUUUGUGGGAAAGUAGGGCAAGCACCGUUACAGAAGAUCUUGAGGAACGGUCGAACAGUGACGAUCUUCACGGUGGGAACAGGAGGCAUGUUUGAUCAGAGGCUUAUGGGAGCAACAAAUCAGCCAAAACCAGCUCAAUGGCAUAGAAUCGCAGUGCACAACGAAGUUCUGGGCUCUUACGCUGUCCAAAAACUCGCUAAAAACUCAUCGGUUUAUGUUGAAGGAGAUAUUGAGACUAGAGUGUAUAAUGAUAGCAUCAGUAGUGAAGUGAAGAGCAUCCCUGAGAUUUGCAUUCGUCGUGAUGGUAAGAUUCGGCUGAUCAAAUACGGAGAAAGCAUUAGCAAAAUAUCUUUCGAUGAGCUAAAAGAAGGAUUGAUUUAGUCGGAGCAAGAAUAUUCCGGUGGCCGGAGGGCAGACUGACUCAUCGUUUUCCUGAGUAAAAUCGACAAAACAGUUUGGUUUUGCAACUUUUAGUCCAUUGUGAUUAUCAGGGGCAUCUAUGUCAUUUCGAUCAAAACUAAAUCAGUUCUGCGUCUGUUCGUUAGGAGAUUGGUAACAACAACAGUUAAUCAAAGAAGAAUUUAAAACACUUUAGGUAACAUUACGAUUUGGG